AUGGCGGGCACCACCGCUAUAGUAAAGGACUCGGCAAUGUCUCGAGAAUUGCAGCAAGACUGCAUUGACUGUGCCGCGCAUGCACUACACGUCAUGGGGCUGAAUGAGCAGACCGCGAUGGCACAGUUCAUCACGCGCGAACUCAAUAGCAAAUACGGAUCACGUUUCCACUGUGUUGUAGGACGCUCCUUCGGUUCAUAUGUUGGUCAUGACAGCCAGUACUUCAUCUACUUCCUGAUCGGUGAUUGUGCGUUUCUGAUCUGGCGCACCGUAGAUACCUUCGAAGAGCGUGUGUUUUAUGCAGCGGUGGACGACAUAGCCGUCGGAAACAAAUAUUAUAGUUGCGAAAAAAACACCUGUGUUGAUGAGAAGCUGGGACAAACGUCAAUGUAA